CAUUUUUACUUCAUCGACAAUUUAGGCAUUCUCAGCAAAACAAAAAUGCCCAUUCUAAAUAUGAUGGUUACUGGAAUUUACAAAUGCAACAGCCUACGCCUACACCCUCAUCAUAUUUACUAAGUCCUUCGCACGAAGAACAUAAUACCGAUAUAGCAUCAACAGCAGUAAAUACCAAUUCACCUGAGGAAAUUAAAUCGGUAAUGAUUGAUGGAGAGUUGAUACCUCCAAAGCCUGUUUUUCCUGAUAAUUGUUGCAUGAGCGGUUGCGCUCAUUGUGUUUUAGACAUAUAUCAGGAUGACUUAAAAGAAUGGAAAGAAAAGACCGAUCGAAUACGAAAACGAUUAUUGAAUGAGGGCGAACCAUUGCCACCGAUUCUUAAUGAUAGCGCAAAAGAGGCUGAUGAUAUUGAUCCCGGAAUUAAAGCAUUUCUGGAAUUGGAAAAAAAAUUAGCAGGAACUUCAUCUCAAGGAUAA